UCACAAGCUAUUCUAAAACUACAUACUUUUAUAGCAAAUCAUUACUCGUGUGACACUUCUUCUAGUAUUCUUAAUUCUUCUUGAAAGGCUACAUGCACAUAUAGUCCUUAUCUGGUUGCACCGAGAAUUGAUGGAACCAAAAAUUCUUAUAAUUCAAAAAUUCAAGUGUGGAUAUUGAUCAGGAAAAUGAGCUGGUCUGGAGGAGAUUGGAUGUGUGGUGUUUGCGAGCAUAUAAAUUUCAAGAAGAGGGAAGCAUGCCAGAGUUGUGGAUACCCCAAGUAUGGGGGUCCUGACCCUUCAACCUACAGAUACAACAGGACUGAAGCUUUAGCAGGGGACUGGUUUUGCAACUGUGGAGCUCACAACUUCGCAAGUCGAUCAAACUGCUUCAGAUGUGGCUCAAUGAAAGAUGAUUACUCUUCAGGAUAUGGCAACAACUCUGGAGGAUAUGGAUCUGACACUUUCCCCCCAGGAUGGAAGACUGGAGACUGGCUUUGCCCAAGACAUGGAUGUGGAGUGCAUAACUAUGCCAGCAGGACAGAAUGCUAUAUAUGCAAAAUGCCAAGGGAUUAUGGUGGUGCAGACUGAAACAAGAAAUUUCACAAGACCCGCAAUAUCACUGAUUUCUCCCUUGGCGUCUUUCUUUUCCUAACAUUUUCUAUCUUGCUUUUCCUAUGUCAAGUUCUAGAUAAAUCAUGGAUGAAGGCCUCUGUUAGAAUCAUAGCAAUGUUUUUUUCAUUAGGAAGUAAUAUGGAUAUCCGGCUGUAAUUGUUUAUUGCUAGAUGUACUGACAAGAAGGUUAUGAAAUCCAUAUAUUUUAUUUUCCAUAUUCGUUACUGAGAUAAUUAAGCUUUAAGACCCUAUGUAACCCUUUCCCCCCAAAAUUUUCUCUUGUUAGCUUCACCAAUUCUCCAAUUCAAAUGCAAGUGUUCAUGACUACUUGCUUCUGUAUUUGUCACA